UUAUUUCUUUCUAAAAAAACCUCGCCACGUUCCCGAAUCCGUCAACGACUCUUCCCAGCGCGCUUCUUCGCAAUUAGCCGUUCAACUUCUUAUCAGUCAUGGCCGUGCCGCUCACCGCUGUACUCCGCACUCCUGCGGCGGAAGCUGUUGCUGCCUUCGCUCUUUUGCUGAUCGCCGCCGUGGCAUUGAAGCUGGUGCUGUUAUGGAGAAAGCUUCCAAGAAGCGGUCGGAGCAGCGAGGAAAGGAGGAAGAAGAUGUAUGCGCCCGUGGCCGGCACCGUCUUCCACCACCUCCUCAACUUUGGGAGGCUGUACGACUUCUCUACGAGCUGUGCUCGACAGAAUCCGACUUACCGCAUUCUUUCUCCCUUCCACAGCGAGGUCUAUACUGCCGACCCUGCUAAUGUCGAGUACAUUCUUAAGACCAAUUUCACCAAUUAUGGCAAGGGAGACUAUAACUAUUGCACCCUGAAGGAUCUCCUGGGUGAUGGAAUAUUUGCUGUAGAUGGUGAGAAAUGGUGGCACCAGAGAAAAAUAGCCAGCCUUGUGUUCUCUAAGCGGAUCUUCAGGGAAUAUAGUAGCAUAGUUUUCAGAGGCAAUGCCCUUAAAUUAGUUUCUGUGAUUGCACAGGCUGCAAGAUCAAACUCCAGAAUGGAUAUUCAGGACAUUUUCAUGAAGUCAAGUAUGGAUUCCAUUUUCCAAGUGGCAUUUGGGGUUGAACUGAACAGUCUAUCUGGGUCCAAUGAAGAGGAGAGAAACUUUACAGAAGCAUUUGAUGAUGCAAAUGUUUUGAUCUCCUGGCGUUAUGUUGAUCCAUUGUGGAAGAUGAAGAAGUUCCUAAAUUUCGGUUGUGAAGCUGAGUUAAAGAACAAACUUAAAGUUGUUGAUGACUUUGUGUACAAAAUUCUGACACACAAAGUCUCACAGUCGUCUAAACAGUUACAGAAAGAGGACAUUUUAUCAAGGCUUUUGAAUGAGAGAGAGCAAGAUCCAAAAAACAUCACAUACCAGUACUUACGAGACAUCACCUUAAAUUUCUUAGUAGCUGGCAGAGACUCGACAGCUCUUACCCUCUCAUGGUUCUUUUAUAGGCUUUGCUUGCAUGCAUCAAUAGAAGAACAGGUGGUUAGAGAGGUGAAUGCAGUUACUAAAUUAAUCCAUCAUGAUGAACCUAUAGCUAUGGAUGUAUUUACAGCAAGUUUGACUGAUAAAGUAAUUGAGAAGAUGCAGUAUCUUCAUGCGACGCUUACUGAGACCAUGAGACUACAUCCAGCGGUACCACUGGACCCCAAGAUUUGUUUCUCAGAUGAUACUCUACCAGAUGGUCAUGAUGUAAGGAAGGGGGAUAUGGUGGCCUACAUGCCUUAUGCAAUGGGAAGAAUGAGAUCUAUAUGGGGUGAUGAUGCUGAAGUUUUUCUUCCAGAAAGGUGGCUUAAAGAUGGCGUGGGUUUUGUUCACGAGAGCCCUUACAAAUUUACUGCAUUCCAGGGCGGUCCUCGGAUCUGUCUUGGUAAGGAUAUGGCUUAUAGGCAGAUGAAGAUCUUCGCAGUGACGCUGCUGCAUUUCUUCAAGUUUAAGCUAAGUGAUGAGAACAGGUUAGUCAAGUACAGGACCAUGUUAACUCUUCAGAUUGAAAACGGUCUUCUUCUACAUGCGAUUCCCAGGCAAGGUCAUGAUAUCUAGUUUCAUGUGUGGUUAUGACUUGAUCAAAUAUUUAUAAUUAAAAUAAUAAAGUCGGGAUAGUUAACAAUCCAAGGUCUUUGUUUCGAGCCCAGCUGCUUAUUUAUAUGAUAAUUGUUACCCGGCCAAACUUGUUCAAACCGAAUGGUUCAAAAUGGAAUUUGUGAACUUACAAAACUUCUGUUGUGAGACAUUCAACUUGACUUAAUUCUGCCCAUUUAGCAAAUCUAUAAUGUUAUUAUUCGCUGCAA